AUGACUCGGGUGAGAGCACUGCUGGAUAGCCCGUCCAAGCAGUUGAUGCAGGAUUUGGUGAAAGAUCUUGAGCAAGUACGAUUACAUACUACUGAACUUAAACGUGUCAAGGAGUAUGAAAGACGUUCUUUUAUUGAACACCUUGACCGACUUGACCGCGAACGGGAACAAUUACACAAUGAUGCAUUGAGUGCUACUGCUGCGAAGCGAGAGCAGCUGCGAAGGGAAGCGGAGGAAACUCUACGGCAACACCUACAGAAGGUUGAAGAGGAUAGAAGACGGGCAGCAGAGGAAGAACGGAUAAUAAGGGACAACCUGCAGCGCCAAAAAGUCGAGAAUGAGCGUCGCGAGCGAGAAGAAGCUGCGAAACGCGAAACCGAGAGGGCGAAAGCAGAGGAACGAAAAAGACAAGUUGAAGAGAAUGAACGCCUACAGAGAGCAAAAGAAGAAGCAGAGAAAGCUAGGAUAGAGCGCGAGCGCCUCGAGCAGGAGAAGAGGAGACAAGAAGAUGCCCAGUUGAGGUCAAAGAAAGAGCAAGAAGAGCAAAGGCUUGCGCAGCAAAAGAAACAGCAAAGUGAACAUACAUUUCUUGGAGAGACAAGGCGGUCACCUGAAGAGAUUGCUGAACACCGUCGCUACCUAGAAUUACACAAAUACCUCAAAGAGUUCCGAAAUAGAAUGCUGGAUGAAACAAAAAGGACUCCAGUUCUCAAACAGCAGAUGGGUGAUAUGCGUCGAACAAUAAAAAAGUGCGUUGGUCAGCUACUGACAGACGAUAAAGUAGCCAAUAGAACACCGACCAACGAGAUCGUCAACGUUCUCAAAAAAGCUGCAACUCUUCAAGAACCCUCAAUUGACAUUCGUCAAAUGAUCGCAUUUCCCCCACCUCACAUCGCAAACGAAGAGAACAAAGUGCCCGCGCUCUUGAUAUACCUUCUCAACAUAUUUUCCAAAGCAAUCAUAGCACAGCUCGUAGCUGAAGCCGGGGUAACUCCAAAGUGUGCAGGUCCACUCGGCGUUCUCACUGCCCAAAUAUUCUCAAUGGAUGCCUUCGUCUAUAAAGGCUGUCCUCUCAUAGACAUUUUGCUUGCGAAAUUUCACUACGUAUGCCCCGUUCUCUGGGGCUUUUAUGGCAGCGAGUCUACCGCUGCUGGCAAGACGGCGCUAGGUUGGUGGCGCGAUGAGCCCAAUGGGCCCUUUGUUUCCAACCAAGUCCAUGAAGAGCGCAUGAUUGGCCUGGGAGCCGGGUUUGCAGCAAUAUCGCUGCGUGACUUUUCAAAAACUUCCCGGCAAAAUCCAUUGCCGAACACACACUUCUGGAGGGCACUUGCGAAUAUCGUCAAUGUUCCUCCGGAAGAGGUCCAAGAUACUCACUUAACUGUUUUAGGUGCCAUGUUGAAGUUUUCGGCGCAGAGAGUCGUUGGGUUUUGGGGUGAUAUUGGACUUCUGGCACUACGGAAUGCGAUUGUAACGUUCCCUGGGACUUUACCCAGGAAAUCAAGUGCGAGGUCGUCAGUGGAGAUUCUAGGGGAUCUGUAUGCGAGAGAGCAUCGAAUCCUGGUUUAA